GGCUGAAUCACUGUGUCUCUGUGCACAGGUGAGCCCGAUGCGGAUCCGCCGGCUGGGCGCGGGGGAGCGCGGCGGUCCCUAGCGGAUGCUGAAGAGCCGGCCUGGGGCUCGCAGCCCCUCUAGAGCCGGUGAGGCCCUGGACGCGCUUGGGGUGGGAGAGAUGGACUCGGCAGAGCCGGCCGGCGGAGACCUUUCGGCGGAUCGGCCCGCAGAUAAAACCCUUCGGUGCAGAGAGGAGGAGCCGGAGAAGGAGGGAGAUGAUGCGGGGAGGAAGAGCGGCAGCGACUGCUCCUGGGAGCAGAGCCUGGAUCCCGAGCUGCAGCAGGGAUACCGCAUUUUGCGGGAGUUUCUCAUGGAGAAGCACCGGCAUCUAACAGCACCUUUUUUAAAGCCCCUCGAGGAUCAGGCAUCCAUCAGGGAAGAAGAAGGAGCUGGCUCUCUCUCGGGUCAUAACGGCAGUCGCUCCUUUCAGCAGUUCCCAGCUGGAAUGUGGUUGCUGAAGAUGGAAGAGAAAUUUUCCAACGGGCAGUACAGAGGAAUAGAAGAUUUCGUGAGUGACUUCCGGCUAAUGCUGGAGACGUGUUACCGGCUGAACGGUGUAGAUCACUGGCUCUCCAAACAAGCGCAGAAACUGGAGAUGAUGCUGGAACAGAAGCUGGCACUGCUGUCCCGGCAUUUAAGAGAAAAAACAUCAAUAGCUGUGACAUCUAAAGGAUGCUACGGGCUAGAAGAUGAGAAAGGAACAUCAUGCAUUUCAACAAGACGUCGUUCUGCACCUCGCACUUUAGGCUUAUCAACAGGCGUGUUUGAGUCUGUGAUGGUUCAAGUUUUAAGACAAGAGGAACAGCUGAGAGCAAAAGAAGAAAAGAGGCUGAGAGAGCAAGAAAGAAAAGAAGCAGAAGAAGCUAGCCAGAAAGAAAUAGAAGAAUGGGAAAAGUCACUUUUAGCUCAAGCAGCCCCUACAAGGAUGGAGACAAUGUGGGAGAUUCCAGCUAUUGGUCAUUUUCUUUGUUUAGCACAACAGAUUUUAAAUUUACCUGAAAUAGUAUUCUAUGAAUUGGAGCGUUGUCUUCUGAUGCCUCAGUGCAAUACUUUUUUAUCUAAAAUAAUGACUUCUCUGUUAAGUCCUCCUCAUCGUAGAUCUACAUUACAUCGCAGGCCCACGCUUUCCUACAGGACUUGGGAAGCAACGCUCAGACAGAAAGUACAGCACUGGUAUACUGUUGUAGGGCAGACUGAUAAUCCUAAUAACUCUGCAGAAAAACUUGGAUUGUGUCCCCAGUUUUUCCAAGUCCUUGGAGAAGUUAAUCCCUUGGAGGAAAAACGAUUUCAUGAGUUACCAUUUUACCAAAAGGUGUGGCUGCUUAAAGGUCUCUGUGAUUUUGUGUAUGAAACACAAAAGGAUGUUCAGGAUGCAGUACUAGGUCAGCCUAUCCAUGAAUGCAGAGAAGUGAUUCUUGGUUAUGACUACUUGGAGAAUGCAUACGUUCACUUUCCACAGUUUUGUGGUGCAGAUGUUCGGAUUUACAAACAAAAACCUUUUCAGGCUCCGGAAUUCCCAUCUCCUCCCAUCAAAGUUAAGAAGAUGUCACGAAUUAAAUUGGAGAAGGCAAAACAUGAGUAUGUAAGCAAAGGCAAUGGAGAGGUCAGUUCUAGUGGCAGAGGAGAGCCGCUACAUCAUUCUAAGACAGAAAUAGAGAAAAGUAUGGACUCUGUUCUCUGUCCAGAAAAAAUCCCACAUACAGAUAGCUUUAGAGUUACUACAGAAGACAAUAAAAUUAAUUGUGAAACCAAGACCUCAGGAGUCUGCAACACCAAAAAACCUGUUUGCUAUAAAGAGAACUUGAGGAAGUUCAGUAGUUCAGGACAGAUUGUUGGUAUGGGUGAUCACACUAGUUCAGGAGAAGUAAGGGUGGUGGAGAAUGGACAGGGUUGUGCCACUGAAAUGGCCAGAGUAAAAGCUGUGAUUAGUCCAUUCAAGGAGAAUACACUGAACGCUUGCCAAAUGCAUGUCAAUGGUGCUCAUAAUGACAACCAAGAUACAAACUUCCAUGAAUCUCCUAAAGAAACAGUGCUAGAGAACUCACUGCGGAACAGUAAGAAACUAAGUAAGUUACGGGCAAAAAAGAAGAAAAAGAAAAAAAAGAAGUUGAAGGAUAUUCUAAAUGAAAAUCUACAGAGAAAACUUGAUGAAUUGCAAAGAAAGCGUGAGAUUCAUAUUCACCCAUUCAAAUCUUAUAAAUCUGAGUUCCAAAAUAAGUUGUUCAUAAUUAAAAAGAAAGCAAAACACAAGAAGCACAAGUCUGGAAAAAAAUCGGUAUCUAAAAAAGCAAUCACGAAGAAGAGGAAAGGGGUCACAAAGUCUCCCAUACCAGAAUUUCAGCUUAUUUGCACUAAUCUUGAUGAACUCAGGGAAUUAAUCACAAAGAUUGAGAGAGAACUCAAAGCUCUGGAGGACAUUAAAAAGAAAUCGGGAAGAUGGUACCACCGGAAGCAAGCAGUAAAGGAACUGCAUGGUACCUUGAUACGACUGCUCAAUGAACUGUUACCAUGGGAACCAAAGCUAAUGAAAGCAUUUCAAAGAAACAGGUCUAGAUUGAAGAAGGACUAUGACGAUUUUAAAAGACAUCCAGACCAUGACAAAUUUAAUAGAGAAUUGUGGAGUAAUGAUGAAAGUGAAGUUGAUUCUGGCAAAGAUUCUUUUGCAGUAGCAUGCAGUAAAUUUUCAGAGUCUGUAGAAAAUGUGGAAGCUGCUGAAAGAGAUCACCCAGACAAUGGUGAAAUGAAGAUGAAUUCAUUAGAGAUGAAUUUACCUGCAGGAAGAAACAGAAUUCUGAAAAAGGAAUCAACUUCUAAAGAAAUACCGAAGACACUUCCCAAAUGCAUUAAACGACAGUCGAAGCAAAAUAUUUGUCUGGAUCAAGGCACUAAUGAGCUUUCACCAAGGAAGAAGGCUAAGCUGAGCACUACUGAGGCUGUGACCCAGAGUUCAGGAAGUCACCAGCAGCCAGAUAGCUGUUUGACUGAGCUGAAACAAUGUGAAGGGUCAACUCUAGAAUCAUUUUCCUCGACAGAUCCUACAACAUCAGCAUCAACAGUUCUGAAAGGGACCAAACCCAUUCAGGCCUUACUUGCCAAGAAUACUGGUAACAAAGUGACCUUAACAAAUAAACUGUCACCUCCCCCAGGCAUAAAUCUAUCUACUUCAGAAAAUCCAGCUUUACCACCUUUGGAAUCAUCACUUAUAAAACCAGCAUUGCCCUGCCAGACCAGUUCAGUGACUCCUUUACAAGUGAUGUACAAAAUGCCAAAUGGCCACUGUGUACCAAUAGACCUUCACAACAGCUCUGUGAAAAUUCAAGUGCAACCAGUGAUUGACCCUAAGACUGGAGAAAAAGUCAUGCAACAAGUUCUUAUUUUACCAAAGAACUUUGUUAUUCAGCAGAAGGAAGGAAAAGCUGUGCCCAAGGACAUCCAGUCACUACAACAAAAAUCAUCUGAACUGCCCUGUAAAACUUCACCAGAAAUAUCAAAUGUCAGUGUUCCUUCACCUCCUGCAGUAACGAGCUCUGCUAGUGCUACCACUCGGUCACAUGGUACAAUUUUUAACACGAAUAUCACUCACUUGUCACAAGUGACUGGUCCCAUAAGCACUGUGCAACUACUGCCUGCAGUAACUUCAGCAGGUAACUUGUUACCAUCAACUAAGGUGAGUCAGGCUGACAAAAUGAAGACUACAGUUACAACUGCCACAUUCCCUGUUUCUUUGACUUCACCUAAUCUUUCCACAGCUACCCAGCCUUUGAUAGGAGCAGCAGCAUUAAAUGGGUCUCCAAACACUGCUUCUGCCUGUCCUAGUGUUUCAUCACAGCAGACAAAUGACUCUGUUGAGACGAGGCAAGAGCUGAAAACUGUGUGUAUAAGAGAAUCACAAUCCAUUUUGGUCACAACACGAGGUGGAAAUACAGGAAUCGUUAAAGUGCGAACAAACCCAGACCAGAGCUCACAGAGCAGUUUAUCAUCUAGUUCAGUUUCCACUUGCACACCUCAACUGCAAGCUUUUCUUACACCAAAAACUACAGCAUUACCAUGCUCUGUUCUUCCAUCUGUAGCAACAGCCUUGUCUGGUCUCCAGCAUACUGGACAAUUGCCUCUUUCUAGACUUUCCCCAUCAACUGCUCCUUCUGUUAACAUUCCAACUCUCCCAGCUGAUUUUACCCAGGCAAUGGAGAAAAAUAUCAAAUUCACAUUACAGCAGCCUGCUGUGGGGGGCACUUUGGGUCAAGUAAGAGAGAACUCCAUUUCAUUAGCUAGCAAUUUGAUGUCAGCAGCGCCACACAGUCCUGUUAGUGUGACUAGCACUGGACAAAAUAACACUGUUGUAACUCCAAAUUCUGCAGAGAAGCGACAAGUCUACACUAAAACAAAUCCUAUUAUACAAUCUGAAUCUAAUUCAGCAGCAAAAGGAGAUGUAAUCAGUGGUACUCCAGUCCAGAAACUUACCUUAGUCUCAAACCCACCUAUUUUAUCUCCCUGUGGUGCAUCAGGAAUCAGUAUUAUAACCUCUGUGGCAUCAACUGGUGUGAAUGCUCAGAAACUGGUGUUCAUUAACACACAAGUUCCUAAUGGCCCAUCAACUACUGGUCUAGUUGCAGAGUCAUUGAAACAUAACCUUCCUUCCUCCCUAAGCAAAACCUUUGUUAAUGCCACAGAGCAACCACAGUUGGUUCUGGUCCCAUCUACUGUAGGACCACCAGUAAGAAUAAAUUCAUCACCAACUAUUGCUCAAGUAAAAGAUGUGAAAAUUGGACUAAAUAUAGGUCAAACCAUUGUAAAUACUAAAGGCAGUGCCCAACAGGCUCCAUCUGUUAAUAUAUUGCACUCUGCUAUUUCUAAGGGAGAAGACAAAAAAGGUGUGGGCCUGGCACUGUCUUUGACAAGUAGUAGUAGUACUUUGGUUCCUGUUCAGAGUUUUGUGAGUCUAAGUGCUGUGUCAGUUAGUGAAUCUGUAUGUGUUGCAACAAAAGCUGAAACUGCCUCUACUGUAACAACAGCAAAUGCAUGUGUAGAAUCUAUUUCAGUAACAUCAGCUGGAACUUCUUCCAGGACGCUAUCCACUGUCUUGACUGGGAGAAAUGAUCUGUCAAGAACAAGGCCAAAUCUGGGUAAUCGACUGUGUACAUCAAAUACUGGAAAUACUGUAGGUGUAUCAACUGUGAAAACAGGACAUCUUGCAUCGUCUGUACUGAUAUCAACAACACAGCCAACAGUAUCUCCUCAAACCUUAACAUCUGCUUUGCAAUUUCCAGUCAUUAGCUUGCCUGGAUCUGUAGUCAACCCCCAUAAUGUGCUACAUGCAGUUCCUCAGUUGGCAGCAGUUCCAGCUCCUCCUCCAGUACAAAAAAUCCAGUUGCCCACACUGCUUCAGUUUCAGUCAUCAGGGGUUUCAGCUGCUAUACCAAGUAAUGCAGUUAUUCACAAUCCUCAGAAUUCAUUGCCUCCUCCAUCACCAAAUGCAGGUAAAGUCAUUAGUUUUCCCAGUUUUUCUCCCCUUCAAUGCCAGCAGGUGCCUCCCAGUACAGGGAUACCCAGUUAUGCUUACACUUGUGCUUCUACCAUUCAGUUGUCCUCAGGCUCUCCAGCUGUAACAAGCAAGGCAGGAGGGCAGUUGAAUGAACCUUGCAUUCAACAGAAAAUAGUCAUUAACACCUGUAUGCCUUUGGCACCUGGAACUCAGAUAAUGAUUAAUGGUACUCGUUUUGUUGUUCCAUCACAAGGCCUUGGAGCUGGCAGCCACAUUCUUCUUCUGUCUUGUGGCACAAAACAGACUCCUUCUGUUAACCAUGGUCAGGAGCUUCAGGGUGUGCCAAAUGUGAAUCCAGUAACCUCAAAAAUCAUGCUAGCCCCAAGUACUUCAUUAAGUUGGCAAAUAUCAAAGCUUCCUUUGAAAAGUUCUUCAAAAAUUGUGAACCCUGGUGGUGCUUUAUGUGUUGUAACACCCCAGACACACAGCACUCCAGCAAGCUCAUGUACUCCACUGUCUGCAGCCACACCGACAGUGUCUUCAGUGAUAAAGUCUCCUGUUAAUGUAGCUACAUCUUCUGUGGUUUCUGCCAUUCAUACUCCAAGCUCACAUUUGCCAAGCAACACUUCAGCAUUUCACUUAGACAGUUCUGUCACAAAACUGUUGGUCAGUCCUGAGGGAGCCAUUCUGAAUGCUAUGAAUACUCCAUCAUCAAAAGGUUCUUCCCUGCCUUCAUCACUGCCUUCUGUUGUGUCCACAAGUAGAAAUCCUACCCCUAUCUUCCCUGCAUCUCAGUCAUGAAUCUGAUAAAGCUGCAUCCUGAACUUACUGCAAAUGAGCCAGUUUGAAAUUUUGGGGGAUUCUUCUGACUUUGGAUGUUGUACUUGUUAGAUAAUUUCUUACUGUUUGCAAUAGUUGAUUUAUUCAAAAUGACUUAAGAUUAACAUUUUUUCCUGUUCCCUGUGGGGUUUAGGAGGAAGAAAAAAUAAUUUAGUUUGUCAGAGAGAUGUUUUCAGAGAGUUCUUUAAUAACAAGGUCAGAAAUUAGUUCAUUAAACAUUUUAAUUUGGAGAAAUCUAGCCAUUUGCACAUGUUUCAUCUUACAGUAUGGACUGUCUGCCAGUGUGUUUAUGACAGUGUGUUUAUCUCCUUUUUUGUUGGAUUUUUUUUUCUGUAAAAACAUAUGCAUUGUAAAAAUGCAGUGUAUGGUGUAGAAUUGUACAUAUUCAUGAAUUCCUAACAGUCUGUACUAAACUAUAUGUACAAAGAACUAUGCUGUCUUAUUUAUGUUUUGUUUACAUAAUGUAUAGUUUUUUAAGUAUUUUAGUA